AUGUGUACCAGAAGAAUCGCCGCCGUCUCCUCCUCCGCCUCUUCUUUCGCCAUUCUAAUCUUGAUCCUCUGGGUGUCGCAGAUUUGGGUCUGCUGCCACUGCCAAGCUAGAGCUUCUCGGAUUCUCCCGCCGCCGCUCACCGGCGACGCAAAACACGAUGCCAGCGGCAAAAAUGAACUUGUCCAGAAAUAUUUGAGAGGAAGAGCUUCCGAUCGCCACGAAGGAUUCGAAGACAGCAAACGGAGAGUACCCAGUUGCAGCGAUGAGUGUGUAAUUAGGCCAUGCCUUGAAUGGAUAUCGUCGCCGGAUUCUCAAGCCAACGCCACCAUUUUCCUCGCCAAGUUCUACGGCCGCGCCGGCCUCUUCAACCUCAUCACCGCCGCUUCUCAACACCUCCGCCCUGCAAUUUUCAAGUCGCUGCUGUACGAGGCGUGCGGGCGGAUGGUGAAUCCAGUGUACGGUUCCGUCGGAUUGCUCUGCUCCGGCGACUGGGACAGGUGUCAGGCCGCCGUCGACGCCGUCUUGACCGGAACCAUGAACGUCGAAACCAACGCGCCGCCUUCCAAUGCCAAUGUUUUAUGCUGCGACAUCCGCCACGUCUGUACCGACACCAACUUGGCCGCUCCCGGCGAGCCUCGCAAGGUCAAGGCUCGAAGCCGGUUCAAGAAGCCCGACCACCGGACCAAACCAAAAUCUGGACCGGCUGAAAUUUUGGGGAGCGGGUCUAAUUGGGCAGAGUCGGGGGCGAACCGCCAGAUUGAAAUGGUGGAUGCUUUGACGGUGAACCGGGGGAAACCAAACCGAGUUUUGAGGCAUGGAAGCCGGUCUGAGAGGGUGGAUAAUGUUGAGCUGGAACUGACUCUUAACUCGGCUCAAAAAUAAGAAGGAAGAAGAAAUGGAAUUAAAAAGAAUUAUCGUAAAAUUAUAUUAGGAAUUUAGGAUUCCGACAUGUGGUGGUGUUAAGAAGUUGAGGUCUAUGUCGUGUAUGUGUGUUUCAUGCACAAGGCAGUUAUUACAAUGUACUGCGCUCUGUAAUUUCAACUUUUUCCCUUCUUUUUAUGUAUAAAAUAUCUUGUAAGAAUGAAAAAAUAAAUUUUUAUAUGACUACAGUUUUAGUGUAUGUAA